UUCUUCUCUUCCGCAGACACUACUGCACUGAGAAACUUCACCACCACCACCACUUAUUUUUCUUCUUCAAUUAAACACCACCUCCUCUUUCUGUUUCUCCUCCUUCUUUUUCCAUCACCUCUCUUCACUUCUUUUUCUUCUGCAACCCUAAUCUUCACUUCACCACCACGAUUUCAGACGACCCAAUAUAAUUUUCUUCAUUAUAUGGAGACGAUGGAUGAUUUAGGCGUCCUCUAUGAAAAGACGGAUGAGCUCGAUUUGAAGCAUGAGCUUGAGUUGAAGCAAAAAAAGUAUCAACGAGGUGAUGGUGUUAAGUUGGGGGGUUUAAAAGAAGCUGAGAGGUCAACUUGCCGUUAGAGAAGAUUUGAUUGGCCAAUCUGCAAAUGUUGCUGCAAAGGCCGAGAAGUGGCUGAAUUCAGUUAACACAUGCUAUUUGGAGGCUGAAGGGAUAGAGAAGACAUGGAAUUAUAAAAAUCAAGAUAUCGUCCGCAGUGUAGAUAUGUUAAGCUCAAAGAAGGCAUUUGAUUUGGUCUUACCAGAACUUGGUCCAUACACAAUGGACUAUACCGCAAAUGGUCGUUAUAUGGCAAUGGCAGGACGAAAGGGCCACCUAGCUAUCAUAGACACACAAAGUUUGAAACAGAUUAAAGAAUUUCAGGUCAGGGAAACUGUACACGAUGUGACGUUGUUCCACAAUGAGCUAUAUUUUGCUGCAGCGCAGAAAAAGUACACAUAUAUUUACAAUAAUCAUGGCAUAGAACUCCACUGUCUUAAGGAACACGGGGCAGUUCAGAAGCUUCAAUUUAUGAGAAAUCAUUUCCUCUUGGCAACAAUAAACAAAUCUGGACAACUUCGUUACCAAGAUGUCACUACGGGGUUUAUGGUGUCGAACUUCCCAACACAUCUUGGCCCGUGUGAUGUAAUGCAGGUGAAUCCAUUCAAUGCUGUUGUGGGUUUGGGUCACUUGUGUGGUAAAGUGACAAUGUGGAAUCCCAUUAGUGCUGUUCCUCUAGUCAAAAUGCAGUGUCAUCAUGCGUCCAUCUCUGCCAUCGCCCACCACCCUGGAGGUAACCUAAUGGCUACAGCUGGGUCGGAUGGUAAAAUUAAGCUUUGGGAUUUGAGGAAAUUUGAAGUUCUAAAGACUUACUUUCACCAUGCUAAGACUUUGGACUUCAGUCAGAAUGGUUUGUUUGCUAUUGGUAAUGGAUCUCGUGUACAAAUUUGGAAGGAUAAUGGAGACCAAGAUUAUGGCCGUUACAUGACUCAUGAUAUAGCUAAAGGGUAUCAGGUGGGAGAAGCAAAGUUCCAGCCCUUUGAGGAUGUUCUAUGCCUUGGACACACCAUGGGUAUUUCCACUAUUUUAGUUCCUGGAUCAGGAGAAGCCAACUUCGAUGCAUUUGUAGCAAAUCCGUUUGAAACUAAAAAACAGAGAAGGGAGAAGGAGAUUAAAUCUCUUCUCGACAAACUACCCCCUGAAACAGUCAUGUUGAACCCCACAAAGAUAGGAACAUUGAAGCCAGCAAGGAAGAAAGAACAACCAUCUCUAAAGGAGCUAGAGGCUGAAAAAGAAGAUGCUGUUGUUGCUGUCAAACUUGCUCCACGAAAGAAGAAAACAAAGGGGAGGAGCAAGCCAAGUAAGAUGGAAAGCAAGAAGCAGGAAUGUAUUAUGAAAGCUAAAAGACCUUACUUGGAUCAACAAAUGAAGGAAGAAGAAUCAAGAAAGAAACUGAGAGUAAUUGAAGAAGUUCAGCUACCAAAAGCCCUUGCCCGAUUUGCCAGUAAAAAAGCAGCUCUAUACCAGAAAAAUUUUCCCUCAGAGUUUUGACCUAUUGUCUAUUGUAGUUUUAUCCUUUUAAUUUAUGACCAAUUAGAGUGUAAAACAAAGAUCUCUUGUAGUUUUUUUUUUCUCUUUUCCCGGUUCCCUUCAAUCUUUUAAUUUUAUGCAUUUUUCAAUCACUUCUGCAGUCAUAUAUGUUAAUUGAAUAGUAAAAGAUUUGAGCUGGGCUGCUAGGCCUGAGGAAAAAAAUAAUAUAGUCAUACUUGUAAGAUAGCCAAGUAUAAGAUAUCUGUAACUGACAAGGGGUAUGGUGUUUUACAUGGUGGUGGUGUGCUUCCUAAAAAUUGAUACUUGGCAUGAUAUAAAUUCUUCCUGGUACAAGUAUUUUUCAGGUAUUAUAUAGUGCUUGCUCUUACAAGUAAUGCAAUUUGUUUAAUCAGUAUGUUGUUCAAUGUGUAUUUGGUAUGGAGGACAGAUCUAUCAAAGAUCCUCAAGUUUUUAGCUCCCGCUGGUUUCAAGGUUGUCAUCGUCGGUUUCGGCGUCUAAUGCUGGUACCUGAAGGCUUGAAAGUACUUGGUAGAAUGGUGGAAGAUUUGGGAGCUGAAAUCAAGAAAUUAGUAGAAAAGGUUAAAAGGUUACCUUUCAUCCUCAUGUGCGCGUUGGAUAUAGUUCACCUUACUCAGACUACCCUGAUGCAGAACGCGAACAUGGUAUGAUCAGAGAAUGCUACAGCUACUCUUUCUUGGAAACCCAAUGAUGUUGACAGUAGAGCCAGUGGUGUUGGUGGUUUUGCCAUUGCUGACAAUUCAAGUUUGCAGGAUGCAAUUCCCUUUAGAUCAUCUACCCAAGACUGGGUGGUGGAGAAGAUGGGUGACACACUAUUCAUCUGGAGUAAAAUCAAGGUUGUGCUUUCUCACAAGCAAUUUUGAGGGGGUACCUUUUUUUUUCGAAAAAGAGGAAACCCUCAUUGUAUUGACAGAAAAGAGGGGGUACUGACCUUACUCAAUUCUCGACCAAAUUAGCUGCUGACUGGGUCACAAAACAGAUUUUGGAAGAAGCAUUUCAGGAUUCAAAGGAGGUAGGGGAAGGUGAUGCAGUCCCCAAACGUGAAUGUGCUAGGAUUAAAAGCAGACAGAUAUGACAGGGGUAUCGGAUGCUGAGAACGCAUUUCGGGCAAACACCACUUGUGAGGCAGACACCACGUAUGAAACUUUAUUGCAGCAGUUGAAUGUAAUUAUGGCGGGGGUAUAGGAUGCUGAGAAGGCAUUUUGGGCAAAUUGUGAGGCAGACACCACUUAUGAAACUUUAUAGCAACUAUUACAAGUAGAUUUACUGGUGAUUGCGCCAGUGGACACCGAAGGUCAUCUGCAGGGACCUGUAUAGAGCACAAGUGUGGUAUUUUGAGAUAGAUGCUCCCUGAUGAUGCUCCAGCUGCAUGAUAUAUACGACCCAAACAAGAUCAAUGUCAAGAUAAAGAUUGUUUCUGGAUUACCAUGUGCAGCGGUGGCUGCAGAAGUACUCAAGUUAACUAGGUCGUACUGAAAAGGUUGCUUAAACCUGAGGAGAAACGUUGCAUGGAAGAGCACGAUGUAAUAUUCUGGCUAUGGAACGUUCGCAUCCGAAAGUACUUCGCUUAAAUUUGGUUGGAUCACCUAAGGACCUUGAAGGAGCCAGCUUAGUGGUUUCCGAGUUAGAGGAUUCACCUGAAGGACAUCCAAGAAACAAGGACAGUACAUUGAAUACCAUUCGAGGCGUAGCUGUGAGUCUGUGACGCCGUCUACUAGUCCUGAACUUGGGACACAAUUCACACUGCAACUGAAGUUGGAACUUCUCCUUUUUCAUUUCGGAAGUCAAUGGCGACCUGAAGAAAGAGUGUCAUCAGUCUCACAAGAAUGCACCUUGGUGAUGAAAGCAUCUCAGACAGUGAUGGUGAAAAUUUUAAAUCUUCCAACAACCAACUUUGGAUUUCAACCAUGGAUGACUGAAAUGCUUAGUUCAGGUCGUCAAACAUCAAAUCAACUGGAAGAAAAGUCAGACUCCAUGUUGAAGCUCAAAGUUCCACAUCCAAUGCCUUGCUGGAGAGAUUCUCUAAACUUGACUGUGAAUCUGGAAUAGAAGCGAUGAGCUACAGGUAAUGGCAUAUCCGACUCCUCUCUCCCAGUGUCAUAUGCAGGGACGGACCUAUGAGAGGGCUAACGGGGGCUUUAGCCUCGGUCGCCCUCCCGGUCCACAAACCUAAUUUUUCCCAUUUUAGCCAAAUUUUUGGUUAAUCUUGUGUAUUAGCCCGGAUCUAAAAUGAAAGAUCCGUCAUCCUGGAUCCGUCCCUGGUCAUAUGUGAUUGUAAUAUCUGACUUCAUUCCAAUUUCACUUGAUAACCAAUGAUUCAGGUGAUCACCUUUUA